UUUUUCCUUUUUUUUUUUUUUAUCAUUCCCACACUCAUUUAUACAUAGUUUUCUUCACAUAUAUAUAUAUAUCAAUAAACAAUCCAUUAUUAUCAACGACAGACUAGUAAUCUAAAAUGAUGACGGAUAAUGACAAACAAGGGGGUAUCAAAUCCUGGAUGAGUCUUUUCAAAAGCAUACCACUUGUACAACGGAUGACAAACGGAUAUCUAUGGAUUCAUCCUACGACCUUCAUGAUCAAAAGAAUGAUCACAUGAUCGAUGAGAACAAUCAUCAAUUGGCAGCACUUCCUAUUAAGGUUGUAUGGAAACAUGGGGGUGAAAAGGUAUAUAUCACAGGUACAUUUGAUGCAUGGAGCAAAAUGAAAAAGGAAUCAGAUGGAACAUUUGUAACAUGGUUAACAACAUCUACCAAUCCUCUCUUGUACAAGUUUGUUGUAGAUGGUGUUUGGCAACAUGAUAUGGAUCAACCAAUUGAAAAGGAUCUUGAUGGGAAUAUAAAUAACAUCCUGGUCAUCAACAAUUCUGAUCAACAAUAAAUAUAUCGUCAGUCUAGUUAUAGUAGUUUUUUACUUGGUUUAACA